AUGUCAGCAGCCGCAGUUCCCGUGCAGCACGCCACAAUUCCUCCUGCCGACGUAGUUGGCAACGCAUUUGUUCACCAAUACUACCUUAUCUUGCGUCAAUCUCCAGAGCUUGUUCAUAGAUUUUACCAGGAUGAUAGUAAGCUUGGCCGCCCUGAAGGGAACGGGAUCAUGAGUACAACAACGACAAUGCAGGCCAUUAAUGAGAAGAUACUCUCACUUGUUUGUGGAGAUUUCAAGGUCGAAAUUCUGACAGUCGACUCACAAGAAUCUUUCAAUGGUGGAGUCCUAGUCCUUGUGACGGGAUAUCUGACUGGAAAUGAUGAUUUGCGACAGAAAUUCACCCAGAGCUUCUUCUUAGCACCUCAAGAAAAGGGCUAUUUUGUUUUGAAUGAUGUAUUCCGGUAUGUUGAUGAAGCCAAGGUUUAUAAUGGGAAGCCUGAUCCAGUUGACGCUUUUGAAGUCCCUGCUACUACUGAAGAGGAUUCUUCGCUUGUUAAGGAAAAUCAUAUUUUGGAGCAAGGACCCAUUCUGUCAGAGGAUGUUAAUGGAGGUGAAGUUUAUGACCCAUCCGACAAUGGGGACGCUUCAGUGGAAGAGGAAGUACCAGUGCCUGAAGUUGUUGAUGAAGUUCCCGAAGAUUCACAAAUGGAUUCACAAGUGGUCAUCGGAUCCGAUGCUAAGAUUGAGGAGGCACCUAAGAAGUCAUAUGCUUCUAUUGUGAAAGUUAUGAAGGAGAAUGCUGCACCAUUUUCAUCGCCUGCUGCUUCUCCACUGAGAUCUGCUCAAAAGAAUCAAGAACAAUUGCCUACACCAGUACCUCCCUCCCAAGUAUCUGAACCACAAACCUUGAACUCAAAUGGGACUGAAAAUGGGAGUACCCAAGACACGGAAGCUGAUGGUCCUUCCAUCUAUGUCAAAGGGUUGCCUUUUGAUGCCACCCAUGCCCUGAUUGAGAAUGAAUUCAAGAAGUUCGGGACAAUCCGUGCUGGUGGUAUUCAAGUUAAAAACCAAAAGGGGUUUUCUUUUGGCUUUGUGGAAUUUGAGGCUGCCAGUGCGGCACAAAGUGCAAUAGAGGCUUCACCUAUCAUGAUCAAUGGUUGCCGGGUUGUCGUUGAGGAAAAGAGGUCUACUGUUCGAGGAAAUAGUAGGGGUCGCUUUUCAUCAGGUGGCGGCACUGGUUACAGAAAUGAUGGAGUAAGGGGGCGAGGAGGCUUUGGAGGUGGUGGUAGGGCAUAUGGCCGUGGCGGCAGUGGCAGCAGUGAUUAUGGGAGCAGGAAUCCCGGUCGGGGUGGUGGUGCCUUUUCAAACCGUGGGGGUGGUGAAGGAUAUCGCAGAUCUGAAAAGACGGGAAACAAUGGUGGUGGGCGUACGAGCCGUUCUGAUGGGCCGCCUGUGAAUGUGGAUAGAAGCACGGCGCCGCGUGUGUCUGCUACAGCUUGA